CUUCACCCAGCCCUGACCAUCCCUCGAGCCAUGAUUUGACCUCGACACUCCUGCAUGCUCCGCCUCGCACACCCGAGGCCUGGCAUGCUUCCAUCUCUGCAGUCAUGACCAGAGGCGCCACCGCUGGCCAUCUGCCAGACCUGGUCGAGGGCAAGAAAUCCAAGCCGCCCCAGCCCGUCUUGGAAUCCUUCCUCCCCGAAGACCCUCCCCUUCGACGCCCUCAAUCCUUUCACGCCGCUCGCAAUGGACAAGAUGCGGGGAGUGAUGAUGAAGACGAUGGCCUGCAGCUGCGACUGCGUCGGCCGCAACAAUCCAACGGCCUGGCCCUCCGACCGGCCUUGCUCCGUGCGCAAAGCGAAGUAGCGCGCGGCAACCUCAAACAAACGAAUGGCGGCAAGGAUGGCGACUCGGAGGUGCAGAUGCGGCACGGGUGGCACGAGCAGUUGCAGGACGAGGCGCAGGCUACUCAGCUGAACCAAAACUUCUUCAUGUACUUUGACGACAAGAGACACGAGACCGCCGGCAAGCCCGCGCUCGGCUUCGAUCCCAAGAAUGUCGUCUCGGAUUGGAGGAUGCGCGACAGACUCAAAACUGUGUGUGCGGUGCUGGCGGUGUGUCUGAAUGUGGGCGUCGAUCCACCGGAUGUCAUCAAGACCAAUCCGUGCGCCAGGCUGGAGUGCUGGGUCGAUCCUAUUCCACCCGACAGCACGAAUCAAAGCUCCACCAACAAUGCCAAUGCUCAAAUUGGGAAGAAUCUCCAACAGCAAUACGAGAACCUCUCCCUUCGCACCCGAUAUAAGGUUGUUCUCGACCCGACAAUAGAAGAGCUGAAGCGGUACACCACCAACAUGCGACGCAAUGCGAAUCACGAUCGCGUGCUCUUCCACUACAACGGGCAUGGAGUGCCCAAGCCCACAGCUAGCGGGGAAAUCUGGUGCUUCAACCGCAGCUAUACACAAUACAUUCCCGUCACGCUGUACGACUUGCAGGAUUGGGUUGGAGCGCCGGGACUAUGGGUGUGGGAUUGUAGCGCUGCCGGCGGAAUCAUCGACGGCUUCUUGCAGGCCACGGAAAAGCACAUGAGCAAUCAAAAUGCAGCUUCAGAGCGCAAUGCAAGCGCACAGCAGAUCCGAUGGGACGAAGUCAUGCACCUCGCUGCGUGUCGGGAGAACGAGGUCUUGCCCACCAAUCCCGAUCUUCCCGCCGACAUCUUCACCGCUUGUCUCACCUCCCCCAUCAUGAUGGCCGUACGCUUCUUCAUCCUCCAGAACCCCCUCUCCUCUCCUUCCGGCGUGACUCUCGACCAAGCUCGCAAUAUCCCGGGAAAGGUCAGCGAGCGCCGCACACCACUCGGAGAACUUAAUUGGAUCUUCACGGCCAUUACCGACACCAUUGCCUGGAAUUGUCUGGACAAGCAAUUGUUCAAGAGACUUUUUAGACAGGAUUUGAUGGUGGCGGCGUUGUUCCGAAAUUUCCUCCUCGCCCAGCGCAUCAUGCGGAUCUACCAUUGCCACCCCCAGUCUCAUCCUGCCAUUCCCGAUACGCACAACCAUCCGCUGUGGCAGAGCUGGGACUUGGCCGUGGAGAUGAUCCUUGCGCAAUUGCCCAAGUUGAUUGACCAGCAAAAGGUCAAUGAAACCGUGCAGGAGCAACAGAGCGCUCCCGCGCCUCCGCAAGAAAUUGCAUACGUGCACUCCGACUUCUUCGCCGACCAACUUUCCGCUUUUGAGGUCUUCCUCGCCUCGGCUCCUGCUAAUGCCGGUGCACAAGGCUAUGCUAAGCCUCCCGAGCAACUACCUAUCGUCCUUCAGGUCCUACUAUCUCAAGUCCACCGACUUCGCGCGCUGAUUCUCCUAUCAAAGUUCCUUGAUCUUGGACCGUGGGCUGUCAAUCUCGCUCUCAGCAUCGGCAUCUUCCCAUAUGUGCUGAAACUUCUUCAAUCUCAGGCCAUUGAACUCAAACCGCCGAUGGUGUUCAUCUGGGCUCGCAUACUGGCAGUCGACCAAACCUGCCAGCAGGACUUGCUCAAGGAAAAAGAUCCAGGCUACAUGUACUUCACCAACAUUCUGAACCAAACGACGGGAAUCCCCGCGGGCAGUGUUGCAGAGCAUCGCGCUAUGUGCGCGUUCGUGAUUGCCAUGUUCUGCAAAGACUACCGACCCGGUCAGCAGGCAGUGAUGGAUACCAAUCCGGAGAUCAUCGAGACGUGCUUGUCGCAGCUGCUGGAUAUGGAAAAUCCCCUACUUCGUCAGUUCAGUUGUCUCUGCCUCAGUCAUUUGUGGAAUGACUUCCCACUCGCCAAGAAUGCCGCACUCGCACACCAGGCGCAUGCACGCGUGAGAGACCGAAGUCACGAUCCUGUUCCAGAAGUGCGCGCGGCUUGCCUCGAAGCUCUCACUAGCUUCGUUGGAACAGGUCCAAUUGAGCCUGCGGUUGUCCUGGAAGAGGAAACUCUUGCUGGGGUUGUUUUGUCCAUGGGCAUGGACGGAUCGAUCAUGGUGCGAAAAGAGCUGACGGUGUUUUACUCAACGUUCAUAAAGAAGUACGAGAACCGCUUCAUUGUUGCUGCCUGGGAACAAAUGCUUGAGGAGCGGGACAAGCGGGCUGGCAGGUCUGCCGGGCCAGCUCAAACCCAACAAGAUGAUGCCAACGGUUCAGCGGCAGAGCACGGUUCUGCUCAGACCAACGGCUCCCACCCCGCCCAGCCUUCUCACAAGCGUCAGGUGUCCUUUACACAAGCCACGAUCGACGAUCAAGGCGCCGCGAAGCCAUCCAGAACGCUUUCUAAGAAGACCAUCUACCGAGCCAUCUGGCGACAGGUGUUGAGCAUGUCAGCCGACCCUCACCCGGAAGUUGCGAAGAACGCUGGGGUCGUUGUGGACGCGGUCCUCAUCAUGUUACUCGAAUCGGAAUUGGGUCCUUUUGCCAACGAUAUUCUUGAUGAACUUCUGGCCCGUCAGGCGCGAAAGACGGAUGGACUGGAAAGAGUCCCGACGAACGACACCCUGAGCAGGCAAAGAUCACGGGAUGCGCGGCCAGAAACACCGCCGAGUCCUGCUACCCCUGCGGCGUCGAGGGGUGAUGGGUAUUUUUCUACCCUUUCGCGUACGGCUAGUGUUGCGGCUGCCAUGAAGAAUCUUGUGGGUUGGGGAGCCCGAACACCCUCGUCGGAAAGCCCACCGUCUCCGACACGCUCGCAUAAGGAUGUGUCUCAUCUUUCCCCGAAUUAUCGAUCGCGACCGCUCGCCGCCGCUGACGCUGCGCUCAUGGCACCUGAUGCGCUGGACAACAUUACCGGUCCGCCUCAUCAGCCACCAGCUAGAGUACCAUCGGCGCCGAACUAUGAGGGCAGAGACAUCUCGAAAAUGCCUACGAUUCCCCUGGAGUCCGACUUCUUCACCUGGUCCGCGUCAUACUUCCGCGAGCCUCAGAUGCGAUCUUCUGAAGCUGACGAGCCUGGUUCCUUGAACUACAACGAACGUCUGUGGCGCAGGAACCGCAACGACAAAAUCCUCGCCUCGACGCAGCCGCUCAAGGAAGCUGCGGGAAGUCAGCGGUGGGACGUGCCGUGCGGAUACUUCGGCAUUGGAGCUGCGCCGAUGAGAAUGGUGUUUCAUCAGUUCGAAGACCACCUCGUCACGAGCGAUGAUCGCGAUAGCAUUGCCGUCUGGGAUUGGAAUGAAGCCACUCAGCUGUGUCGCUUCAGCAAUGCCAAUCCGCCGGGUAGUCGGGUGACGGAGCUGCGUUUCAUCAAUGAGGAUGAUCAGGCGAUGUUGAUGACCGGCUCCAGCGACGGGGUGAUUAAGAUUUUCAAAAACUACGACAACCCCAAGAAGAUCGAGCUCGCGUCGAGCUUCCGCGCACUGAGCGACCUCGUCAUCAGCGACCAGCAAAACGCAGGCCUAGUCUUCGACUGGCAGCAAGGCCAAGGCCGCAUCCUCGUCGCGGGCGACGACCGCGUCGUGCGCGUCUGGCAAGCCGGCUACGAACUCUGCAUCGCCGACAUCCCCGCCCGCUCCGGCUCGUGCAUCACCUCCCUCACCUCCGACGAAGUCGAAGGCAACGUGUUCGUCGCAGGCUUCGGCAACGGCAGCGUGCGCGCCUACGACCAGCGCCUCAACUCCCGCGAGAGCAUGAUCAUGGACUGGGUGAACCGCGAAACCGACCACAAGUCCUGGAUCGUCGGCGUGCACCUGCAGCGCGGCGGCAUGCGCGAGCUCAUCUCCGCCGAGAGCAACGGCGGGGUCCGCCUGUGGGACAUUCGCAUGCGGAAAGCCGUCGCCGGCAUCGAGGGUCGUCCGCGCGAACCCCGCAAUCUGCGCUCGCUGAGCGUGCACGAGCACGCGCCUGUGUUCGCCACGGGCGGCGCGGACCACACCAUCCGCGUGUACAACACGGGUCUGAAGCAUCUCUCUUCCUUCGAGCCGUACAUGAGCUAUUUGCGGCUGGCGGCGACGCCGCGGAAUGCGCCUAUCACUGCGACCGCCUUCCAUCCGCAUCGCAUGAUGCUCGCUUGCGGCGCGGUGAAUGAUGGGCAUGUCAAUUUGUUCAAGUGCGAGGCUACGGCGGAGGAGAAGCAGGGGGGUGUGGUGGAUGAGUGGAAGGCUUGAGAUUGUGUUAUCUAUUAUCCUUUGAAGGAGAAGGAGAAGGGAGUGUUUUUAGCGUGGCGUUGUGGGAGGACUUUGGGGGAUGGGCUAGAUGCGCUGGGCAUAGCGUGGGGUGUGUUGAGUCGGGCUGCUAGUGUAAUAGAGGGGAGGGUGUGUAUAAUUAACGACAUUCAAACAAGAU